AUGCUGUUGAGCUCCAAGGGUGAAAAGGUGUACAUUGGCGAGAAUGCCUCGAUCUCCUUUUUACAAUUUCUCCGUCGGGUUCUGAAGAAAUAUAUGGGCCCAUCAGCCUUCACCGAGAACCAGUUCAAAGACAGCAUGCUGGAAAUAGACGUGGGGCGAGGUGAGGCUUCAGUCAAUCUGGACCAUCUCGACCAGAGCCGAGCAGACAAGUACGCUCUCGUACAGCUAUACCGUGAAGCAUCCAGUGGUAUACUUGAUCUCUUCACUAUGGAUGAGAUUCACACAUAUCUGGACCGCUACAACAUUCCAAGUCCCAGUAAUAGUAUUCCAGGAGAAGACAACCACGCCAAAGCCGAGCAGGCCUCCCUGAAUAUGAUGCUUGCCAUUGGCAGUCAAUGUCGUGCGCAAAAUCCCUUUGAUUCGUUCAAUGCAGCCCGGAGCUUUACUUGCGCACAGAAAUUUGCAUUUGAAGGCUUCUUGUGUGACCCAAGUCUGGAUAUGGUCAGAGUGUUUCUUUUAAUGGCCUUUUACAUGCUGGGAGCUUGUCACAGAAAUGCUGCUUUCAUGUAUCUCGGCAUUGCUUCGAAAGCUGCAUGUGCUCUGGGACUUCAUCGGAAAGGUCAAGACAAAGGGUUGAACCAAACAGAAUGCCUGGCAAGGUGGAGAGCGUGGAAGAGUCUCCUCAUCCUUGACACAAUCGUGUCCUCCAUCCUUGGACGACCAGGAGGACUGCCUCCAAUGCGGCCCAACGAAGAUCCAUCUUGUGGGGAAGACGAGGGAAUCAUCAAGCUCGAUCGUCCACGGUGGCUUGCUUCUCAGGCUGUAUUUACCAUAUGUUCCCGCAUCAUCGACCUCGAGCAGAAAAUUGGGAAUGGCACCAUUGUCAACUCAUCAACCGCCGAGCAAUUUCUCAAGCAACUCCGGCAAUGGAACAGCACACUUCCACAAGAGCUUCGUCAUUUCGCCGGAGUCAAGGAAGGGGCACUCAGUCCUCCGGAAAGGGAGAUGUUCAUCGGAGCCACCCACGUCGCCUGCACAUACUACUUCACCAUCAUUUUGGUGACCCGGCCGUUUUUGAUAUCGCACCUUGUGUCUCAAAUCCGGAGACGUCGUCGGCCAAGCAUUGAACGAGCGGAGGACACAUCACACAUCUCAGAUCUCGCACAAGCAUGCCUUGAUUCAGCCAUGUACAUGUCGAAAUUGGGAUUCAUGGCCAUCAACUCCAUGAUCCUGUCCAACAACAUGUGCUUACUCAAAGCAUGGAUGUUCGCAGCUGGUCUCUUACUCGGAUUUUCCAUGUUCGCCCAGAGCGAUCCCGUCCCGGAGAUUGAGGAGGCUUUUCGAAACGCCAUAACAGUUCUGGAACGUCUGGCCAAGUUCAGCCCACAAGCGCGACAUUACUUUGACAUUCUCACAUCUUUCUCCGAGGCCGUAUAUCUUCGUCGAGAGCAACUUGGAAGGGAACGGCGUAAGAAGAGCGAUCGUUUCGUCAGUCAGAUCUUCACUGCUGAUUUCCAUGAUGCAUGUUCUGCCCCUCCCGUCGUAGUACUUGUUGAGUCUGCUGCUUCUGGGCCUUCUCAAGGCGAUGUUGGAGUUAAUGAUCCCAUCGAUGUUGAUUUGAAUGGCGCGAUGAACCUUGAGUUUGAUGCGGCUUCUUACGAUUUGUCUAGUUUUCCGCAACUGACGGAUGAAUGGUCGGACGUGCCUUUGUUGUCGGAUAAUUUGUAUAUUGAUUGGGAAAGUGUAUGGCCUGUUAAUGAGUAG